AUCCAAACCACAUCAGAGGUGUAUUUCCCAGUUCCUUCCAGAGACAUGGGCUUCUCAUACCUGGAGAGCAUGAAAGCAGAAAAAAGAAAAGCGAUUCCAUGUCCCUCACACUUCAGUGAUAGGAAUGUUUGCCUACAAGGCCGUUCCAGCAUUAAAGCAGAAGAAAUAGGAGAAAACAGCGGUACAAACCAUAUACAUAUGGAUCGUUUUUCCUUGAAGUUCAGCUCAUGCUCAACCAUUUUCGUAGAAGACAGCACAGCCAGCUUGCCUCACCUUAAAACGACACUAAAAUCGUGAGUACAACUAUACUGCCAAGGGACAGAUUAAAAUUAUUUCAGCCAUUUGGUUUUCCUCUUCAAUCAGUUUAAGAAAUUGGAGUCAACUAUAUGUCGAUACCAGAUUCUAAAUAUUAAGUAUCAAUUUCCCUUUUCAUCUUCUACAUCAUGGUGGAAGGAAAAAUCUCUUAGCAAAUAAGCAAUUUCAGAAAAAGUGUUGCUAUUUAUUUGAUGCCUUUAUGCCUUAAGAGAAUGUUGAAUGCAGUAGGAAGGACAGGUUCCCUUUAUUGAAUGUUUUUUGUGAAAAAUUAGUUUCUCAAUGCGUUGCAGGCCUAAGUCAAUGUGUACUACUUUGGACAUUAGUCUUAGAAGAAGGAACAGCUUUUUCUCCUAAGGC